GACGGAACUUCUGCUUGAGUUGGAAGCACCCACGGCUGGAAGUGUCGACGCAGGCGCUUGCUGAGGAUGGGGGGAAAGUUGUGUCAAGCGAAACGUAACACACAGGAAACCACAAGGAGUUAUUUUCACAACUAAGCACACGGCCGAGGAACAACAUGGGACGCGAUGACUGGAUCCUUUGUGCUGUUGCGCUUAGAUCGCUUUUAUUUUGAAACACCACAUCCGGAAUCUUUCUCAAAAUGUGUUGACAUCUCCUGGUCGCCCUCUGUGGCCGCUGCCGGCUCGCCAGCGAGGAGCAACCGCGAGUGGAAAACGAGGAGGCCGGAUACAGACGUGACUGCGGCAGCGACGGUGUGUAGCACAAGUAGCUGCAGUGGUGCAGACAUGAGCGUUACCUCCUGGUUCCUGGUGAGCAGCGGGGGGACUCGCCACCGACUGCCCCGCGAAAUGAUCUUUGUCGGGCGGGACGACUGCGAGCUCAUGCUACAGUCUCGCAGUGUGGACAAGCAGCACGCCGUCAUCAACUACGAGCCUGGCUCAGACGAACACAAGGUGAAGGACCUGGGCAGCCUGAAUGGGACCUUUGUAAAUGAUGUCCGCAUUCAAGAGCAGAUGUACAUCACCCUCAAGUUGGAGGACAAACUGAGGUUUGGAUAUGAUACUAACUGGUUCACUGUUGAGAGAGGUGAGCUCACCGUGCCCGAGGAGGCUCUCAAGCAUGAGAAAUUCACCAGCGGCCUCCAGCUGAGCAAGAAGCCGUCCAAAGGUGAAACGACCGCGAGCAAGUCCCCCAUUAAAACCCCAUCAAAGACACAAAAGUCUCCCGGUGGCGGUACCCCCAGGCCCGGCCAAACAACAACAGAUGGGGUCUCUCCCUCCAAAGAGCCCCCACCCAGACCUGCAGACUCUCACAAAACCGAAGAAAGGAUUGGAGUGGAUGUUACAGCGCUGCCUCGCGGGACCCCCCUGUACGGCCAGCCGGCGUGGUGGGGGUACGGGGACGCGGAUGACGAGAACUCCUUCAAGCAGGAAAGCAAGACGUCCAGCAAAAAGCCUGAGCUCCCAGAGGGGAAAGAGGUUCGGCGCGGAGAGGACGGCCACAAUCCAGGUUACAUGGAGCUCCCCACCAAGGAAAAUCAUCACGUGGCCACCAACGGCAUCCAUGAGAUACCCACCAAGGACACGGAGGGAACCGGCGCCCACAGCAGCGCAGCUCAAGGCCACGCCUCCUUCACGAUAGAGUUCGACAGCACUUCCCCUGGGAGGGUCACCAUCAAAGACCACGUCUCAAAGUUCAUGCCGAGCCAACACAGGUCCCGCGCCAAGAGGAGCGGCGGCACGGGGAGCAGGGACCUGAGCACGUUGCAGGCGGCCAUGAUGGCGUCGGAGAGCAAGGUGGCGGAUUGGCUGGCGCAGAACGACCCCACGCUGAUCCGCGGCGAGUCCACGGAAGACGAUAGCAAGAGUAACAAGAGUGAUGUGCCGGUGCAUCUCAAAAGGCUGAAAGGCAGCAAACAUGACGAUGGCACCCAAAGUGACUCUGAGAACGGUCUGGGCCUGCGCUUCGCCAGCCGGCGCCACGCCCUCGAGGAACGUCUAAAAGCAGCGCACGCCCACGUGGGAUUAGGAGGAGGCGCGGGAGCAGCCGGUGAAAACGGGGCGAGCGGGCCUCGGGCAGGCGGCGGCCGCACGGCCUUCAUGAUCGAGUUAUACGACGAGGAGAACCCUCGCAAACGGCGCUCGUAUUCGUUUUCCCAGACUGCGCCGCUGCUGAGCGGAGCCGGCGGCGAGGGGCUGUGCCCGCAACCCCCCUCUCAACCCAAGGUGUUUAGCAUCUCCACCUCGGCUACCGCGGCCUCAGACUCGGGUAAAGUCCCGGCCCCAAUCUCUGCCGCAGUGGCUGCAGGCGCCCCCACGGCGGCCCGCGUGCUCCUCAAGCAGAGGUCCGAAGACCCGAGCGUCGGCCGCAGUUCAAUCAGCACGGGGCUGGCGACGGGAAGCCCCACCAGCCCCAGCGAGGACACUUCAUUCACGGGGCAAGCGGCCGUGGCGGCCGGGAAGGAGGCGGGGGACGACCGCAGCGAUAACGGGACCUACACGAUCGAGCUGGAAAACAGAAACCCGGAGGAGGAGGAGGCCAGGCGCAUGAUUGACAAGGUGUUUGGGCUGCAGCAGAACCAGGACUCGUCCAUAUCAGAGCUCCAAGGGGAGGAAAGAGGAAAGGAAACAGGAGAGGCGGGAAAAAAGGCUCCUCCGACAGACUCCGACUGGGUCUCCCAGUGGGCAAGUUUGGCUGCCAACCACACCCGGACCGAUCCGGAAGGCUCUGGAGCAGAGACCGGCGUCUUCCGGGACAAAGAAAGAGGAGGUGAUGCCUUGAAGUCCAGCGCGCCCUUCAGCCGAGGCGAAUCCUCGUCAAGUCUGACUGACCGCAAGCGCAGGACCCUCCCGCCUCUCCCCGUGGACGACCCCCGCAACAAACCCAGCAGCGCCAAACCACAGACGCCGCGGUCCGAGAUCGGAGAAAAGCAGGAUACGGAAGCCCAGGAGAAAGAGAACAAGGGGGACGGCGAAUCCCCACCGCCUCCCACGGAGAACGGGGACAUGAACGACAAAGGCAAACCGAGCGCCGCCUCCUCUCCGAGCAAGGCCGCCGUGCGGCGCUCCGGCAGCGCUGAGCGCAGGAAGAGGUCUGAGAAAAGGAAGGACGAGGAAGAAGAGGGCGGUGACAAGUCCGGGAAGCCUCUGGUGCGCCAAGGCAGCUUCACCAUCGAGAAGCCCAGCGGCAGCGUCGCCACGGAACCCAUCCCGCGCAUCAACAGAGGUGGCGCUGGAACCCGCGAACGCAGCGACUCGGUGGGAAGCAUGGACACGGCUACGCUCCUGAAGGAUACCGAAGCCGUCAUGGCCUUCCUAGAGGCCAAACUGAGGGAUGAAAACAAGCUUGAGCCCAAAACCGCGAAAACCAGCAGCAGUAUCAGCAGUCAGGUGUCGGGCUACAACUGCCACCCUCGGACGGACUCCAUCUCCCCGGAGUCGGACGUGGACACGGCCAGCACCGCCAGUCACGUGGCCGGCGAGGCCGACGGGAAGGCCGGCAGCGUGCAGAAGCGACGCUCCCUCAGCAGCAUGCACCGGGAGAAGAGCAACAUGAGCGCGGCCUCCAAGUCCGGCGUCUCCGCCAGCGCGCGUGACCGCUUGGAGAGGAAGGCCAAAAGCAGAACGGCGGAAGUGACGAGUCGGACAGAAGCGCGCCGCUCGGUUCAGCCGUCUUCUUCCAGAGCACGCCAAGCGUCCCUCGAUCUCACGGACGACGACCAGACUUCUUCCUUCCCCAUUUCGGACAUCCUCUCAUCAGACCAGGAGACCUACUCUGGAUACGGAUUGGACGCCAAACGCGAGAGCAGGUCCGCCAAGAACGCCGCGAGCGGUUCCUCCAAAAGCAGCCGUACCCUCCAGGCCGCUACGUCGGCCUCCCUGAGCAAGCAGGCCGGGCUGCCUAAGCCGCGGCCCACCCGAGCCUCUCUCCUACGCCGAGCCCGACUCGGGGACACCUCUGACACGGAUCUGGCCGACGCGGACCGGGUCUCGGUGGCGUCUGAGGUGUCCACCACCAGCUCCACCUCCAAACCGCCGUCCGGUCGGGCGGGAUUGUCGCGUCUGGACAUGCUGGCGCAGCCGCGCCGCAACCGGGUGGGCUCCAUCUCGGCACGCAGCGACUCGGAGUGCAUGGCGGCGCGGACGCCGCGCCUUUCGGCCGAGACGGCUCUGCGUCUGGGCUUGCGCUCGUCCACGCCCGCCGAGAACAAGCUGACCCCCAGGAUGAGGGCCAACAGCGUGUCCAAGCUGAACGAAGCCAGAACCAAGACCGCUACGACCGGGUACUGCUCUCCCACAGAGGGCUCUCAUUCAGAGCCUGGCGGCGCUGAUGCAGAUGAAGAACUUGUUGUGUCCAGCAGCAACAGGUGGCGACGCCUGCCGCCCGAGUACGCGUCCACCUCGGAGGAAGAGUUCGGCUCCGGCCGCAACGCUUCCAAGCACGGAGGACGACCCCACACGCGGCCCCAUCACCUCGUGCCGGCCCGCGGUUCGAGACCCGGCGCCCCUGCGACCCCGGGCUCAGCCUCGGGAUCUGGAUCGAGCGAACUGCCUGUCGUGGGCGCAGCGGUGCUGAAACACCGCAUGAAGGAGCAAGACGAAUACAUCAAAGACUGGACGGCGCACAGCGAGGAGAUAGCCAGGUUAUUCCCCUGUGUGCGCAGGAUCAGCCAGGACCUGGCUAAGGACCUGGCUACGUUGGCGCGCGAGAUCCACGACGUGGCCGGCAAGAUCGACUCUGUCAGCUCGUCCGACACGGCGCCGAGCACCGCCGCCAGCACGGCCGCCACCACGCCGGGCUCGGCCAUCGACACCCGCGAAGAGGUAGGUCCGGCUCGGCCCACGCGGCCGGACUUGCAGGAGAGCAUGAGACAGCUGGUGGAUCGUGUGUUUGACGAGAGCCUGAAAUUCCGUAAGGUCCCUCCCGUCAUCGCCGCCGCCAAAACGCCGGAGAUCAACGGCAAGCCUGUGGAGCUCCGCCCCCGCGCCCCCGAAGGCCACGAGCCCCGGGCGCUCAGGAGACGCACUUGGAACCGAGAGGAGGCGGUGUUGGACAGCCUUCUGAUCCAUUCCAUCUCUCAGCUCUCCACCAAGAUCAGACAUUCUGCCGACAAAACAGCGGGAAAAAUCCGGAUAUUGUUCAAGGAUCACGACAGGAACUGGGAGGACAUUGAAAAGAAAUUGAAGUCCGACAGCGAUGUGCCGCUCUUGACGUCCUCCAACAAGGAGAUCUCCUCCGUGCUGCUUGAGCUCAGGAGAGUGGAGAAGCAGCUUGGAGUGAUUAAUCUGAUGCUGGACCCUGACGGGACGCUGGACGGCGUGGCCAGCCCCGUCUCGCUCACCAAGCCUCAGAUCGGCAAAACCACCGCCCCGUCCGCUCCCAACUCCGCCGGACCGGGACCCCAGCGGCUCCCGGCCAAUGACCCGCUGCCGGAGAUCCCUCCGGGGUCCGGGGAACCCGCCAGGGUCCCGCCUGACGUCUCCGUAGGUCUCGGUUUAGCGUCUGUCGGCGGUCUGCCUUUCAGCCGCAUGCGGCCCAGCGGGAAGGAAGCCCUUGUACAGAAGUGAGACAAAACAAUCUGCGUAUCUUUCGUUCGCAUCAGUUUCAAUUGGCAAUCAAAAAAUGAAAGUGAUUUUGUAUUUUGUAAUGUAAUGUAACACAUAAAAAAACUUCAUUUUUAGGCUCUUAUCAAAAGUACAAACCGACCAGAGGACUGAAUUUGAUUUUAACAUCUAAUAUAAUUAAUAUUUAAUUCGUCAUUUGUACAUGAUCGAAAAGUCUGGUAACGAACAUUAGUAAACGUUACCUUGUUAGCCGCCACAAUACGUCCCGAUCACGACCACGAACAAUCAAACGAUUCAUCGGCCAUAUUAUAGCAAGAACAAAUAUGUUAAAUGUUAUCGUAAUCUGCUUCAUGCCUUCCGUCAGAGAUGUUAGUUCAAUAGUAGAAUUGCCUUAUUUAAACGUUUACAGAAAAUGAGAAAAAACAGAUAUUCCUCAAAUCCGGUUACUACGAUUCAUACUUUGUGGAUUAUCAUAAUUUGGAGGACUGAGAAUCUACACAGGCUUGAAGGAAAUAAAAACAACACAAUUUUCAGCAAGGGGAUUGUAUUUUUGUUUUGUUAUUGAGGCAGUAAGUUAAAAAUGACGAUUAUGUUAUGAGGACAACGAUGUGCUUUCACGUUCAGCUAAUGGAACUUUACUAAUGCUUGUCACCUAAACCCGACAAAUUAAUAUUAAAAUAAAAUUUGUGGUCAGUUUUGUUUUUCCUUUCAUAUCAAUCUGGGCAUACUAUUGAAGUAAAAAAAAACAAAAAACUUUUUGAGUUUGAUUGCCAAUUUGAAAAUGGAACGAACGAAUAAUACACAGAUUCCCAGUGGACCCACGAAUGAACACGAGCGUUUCAUCUAAAUCUCCUCCUCCUGCUCCCGGUGUGUGGACCCUUCUUCUCUUAGGUCAUGCCUUAAAAACAUAUCCUCCCUCCAACAGGACCCCCCCCCCCCCCCCCCCCCCUGUACUUUUCAGACCAGCAGAAUGCUCAUUUUAUGACUUUCAUUUUGCACUUCAGUAUUAAAAACAGCUGCAGCCUUAAUGUGACAUUCAAAAACAGACUAUACAGGAAAUGGUCCCCUUAUUUCACAACUCAACCGAUGCAGUUUUAUACACAGUACAAUUGUUAACAGUCUAUCCAUUGAAGCUUUUUUUUUUUUUUUUCGGGGGGGGGGUCUUUUACUCACCCUAGGAGUUGGACCUCCAGUAGCAUUUGAAGAACCGAGCCUUGUCUCCCUGCUAGUUAUUGUGUUUGUAGAGCAGAUUUACUGUAAAAAUAACCACUUACCAAAGUUUUUUACCCAAUGCGCAUUUCAGCUCAUUCUUCACUUUUGUCAUUGCUGCCUUAUGUUCGUUUGGCCUGUCGGAUGCGGUGCCAUUAAGUUUGUAGCAGCACUGAAAUGUCCUAUGAUUUGCAAUUGGGCUUUUUCUAUUUCAAUUUUGUGGGGGGUGGGGGGCAAAGUAUUAACUUGCUCUUUUCUAAUAUUUGGAUACCAAUGUUGUUUUGUAGUCAUUUAACAGUAAUUUGUGUCAAAUUGAGCUUUAAGAAGCUGCUGGAUGUCUCCGUUCCACUCGCCUGCUCCGUCCAUCCCUCCCUCCUAAUUUCUGAUUGUAACGUGGCUUCAUCUUAUGUAUAAAAUGUAAAUUUUUGCAUUCAGGGGGCAGGGUAAAGAUCCCACAGCAGUUUUGUCCCCAUGGAUCCACUUUAAGGUCUUAAACCACUCCCUGAAUCCCCGGUCAUCUUGCAUCGUCUGAUGUUGCGUAGUAGUAAUGAGAGGCUUUAGGACCCAGAAGUGUAAGCAGAUGAGAUGCUCUGCAGAAAUUGAAGAAAAAAACUUUUUAAUUUUGUUUUUAUUUUGCACAUUAUUUUUAUUAUUAUUAUUUUGUUGUGUGUCUCACGUUUUUACUUUUAAAUUCCCAAUUUGUUUUUUAUAUGAAGAAAAACAUUUGACGUGAAUAUUCGGUACCAGUAGGUUUUAAUUUGAUUUUUAUUCUCCUUGUCUGGUGUUUUUGUUUUUUUGUAAAGAGAGAAGAAAGUUUUUAUUUAUUUUUUCGUUGAAAAUAUUGUGGAUGUUUUAUGUAUUUUAUAUUUGUUCAAACUGCAAUUUUAAUGUCAAUAAAAGAAAGAGCCAUC